AUGGAGACCGACAACGUCGCCGACUUGGUGACUCGUCUAGGCAGCGAUGAAGAUGCUGUCCGUAAAAUGGCAGUCUUCAAGCUGCAAGGCAACAUGGGCGACCCAUCCUUUGCCGAGCUCUUCAUCGCAGAGGGCGGGUUAACUCGCCUGCGAUAUCUGACACUACACGCCAGCGGUAAUACCCUCGCCUACAGCCUGACCAGUUUCGCCCGUCUGCUCGAGGUCGAUAAAGGAUGGGAAUGCGUUGAUCAGGAGCUGGUCGAACGGAUCGUCGAGCUGAUCGUUACCCACCCUCUCGUCAACAUCCUCCGCGGGGCCAUGUCUAUUCUCGUCUCCGUCGUUUCACACCCGGUCGCCGGCACCGGUUCAGAGCAGCCAGAAAUGAUGUUCGGGUUCCGGGCCCUCAAGCCUGCAAUUGCCAUCUACCCUCAAUUCCUCGAGAUGCUCGUCAGUCGACUAUCCUCGGCGGAUCACGCUCUGUGCGCCAAUGCGUUGCAGCUGAUCAAUUCGCUGAUGCGUGACUCGAUCACUCAUGACUUGGAGGCGGAGUGGCCCAAGUUUAUCCAGAAGCUGCAGGAUCUGGGAGUUAUUCGGGCAGUUUACAUGCUUAUGCAGGACUCUGCGCUUCAGGACCUGGCCCAUCCGCUUCUUGAGUUCCAGUCUUUGACUAAAGUGCUUCUGAGGAAGUGGAGGGAUAUUUCUCUGAAUCAGGACAAACCUGAGCACAGACGAGCGUUGAAGGGGAUUUACUUGGCAAGUACGCCUAAGUCUUCUGAUGAGAAGGACAAGGAGAGAGAGAAGGAGAAAGAAAAGGGAUCGAAGAGACACCAUCCUGAGAAAUGGCGACGAUUGGGUUUCGAGUCAGAAAAUCCUACGUCCGAGUUCCACGAGGUUGGAUUCUUGGGAAUGAUGGAUUUGGCGGAUUAUGUACGCAGUCACCAGGAUGAGUUCCAGAAGAUGCUUCUUGAGCAGUCGACCAAGCCGGCACGGCAACGAUGUCCGAUUGCUCAGGCGUCGUUGGCUGUAACGUCCAUCCUGUACGAGCAUUUCGAGGUGGACAAGUCCGAGAUGGAUGAUUCCAAGACGUACAUGAUUCUGGAGUCGCGGUCUAGUCUGGACAAGCUGUUCAGACCUCUCCUUCUUCACUGGACGCGGUUGCAUGUGGCUGGAUUGCAAGCCUUCUUCCGUCUCUGGAAGGCGACUGCCGCCGAGCUAGAGGAUCUGGAUAAACUCGUGGAGCUGGUUCGCAUCCUCAUCGAGUCCGUCGUGGGCGGUGCUUCCCGCACUAAGGAUGUUCAGGAUGUGGAAGAGGACUUGGCCAACUUUGAAUACCAUCGACUACGCGAGCUGCAGAUGGAGCUUCUGGAGCUUACAUAUGAAGAUGCUUGGGGACAUCACUUGCGACAAGUUCGCGAGGAACUUCAGCACGAGGCUCUACAGUUUGUCAAAGAGCAGCGCAUCCGGUGUCUGCUCCAGGGUGCUUGGUUCUCCCUUGAAUCAAGCUCCAAGAAGGACCUUGGACCAACUCGGUCGACCUGCCAAUACGUUCAAUUGUCGCAUAACCGACGAUACCUGCAUUUCGGCGAGUUCGAUUCGAUGGGUGAUCGAGUCCCCGAGCUUGAUACCCUGCCAGAGAAGAUCGAUCUCUCCGCCGUCUCCUCAGUGGUCUCGAACAUCUCCACAAACCCCGACCAGUCUUCUUCUUCUUCAACCGUCAAGACCGCUCCUCGGCAAGCAUCUACUAAGAUCACCAUCCACGGCCACGCCCAAUCAACCAGCUCAAGCCACGGCAAAAGCCACACUCGAACAGGCAGUCGAUCAACUGGGAAAGAAAUCGUCCUUCUCACCCUCCGCCCCGCCACCCACAGUGAAGCCUCGGAGUGGCUGGAUGGACUCCUCAUGCUUCUGAACCAGCAGCCGAUUACGGCGGAGACGACUAAGCUGAUUGACCUGGUUGGUAACUACGGAUUGAAAAUCCGUCUUUUGAACGUGAGAUUUGAUGAUGCUACGUUUGCGGGCGAGACGCCGGGUGUACCGUCGCGGAAUGGGCUGGAUGAGGACUACUACUAUGAUGUCUUUGGUGGUACAUAG